AUGCACCAAAGUCAACCACAACAACAAAUUGAAGAGUAUAAGCAAAUUAAAAAACUUUUAUUUUUGGUUGGACUUACAAUAGGUAAAAUGGCAACAUCAAGAAUAUUAAGCUUUUUAGGUUUUAUUAAUUGUGAAAUUAAAUUGAAAUAA